UUUGUUAUGGACAAACUGUGACUAGCGCAGAAGUCCAAUAACAAAACACCACUCGGAUUUAGAUCGGGGAGGCCGUUGUUCCCAAUCACUCCCCUCCAGGUGUCCCCCAACAGGACGAUGGAAUCCCCGGGAGGAGCACUUUCCAGUACCCCUCCCAGUGUCUGCAAGAAGGCCGGGUAUUCUACACUGCUAUUCGGCCCGUAGGCCAAAACAACAGUCCCCUGAUGGAAAUGUUGGUCUAUAAAAGCAGGUCGUAGGCAGUGCUUUCACCAGUCAACCUACAGCGGGAAGCAGGUUGAUGGAAAACUACACCUACAACAGUUUCAAACUACAGAUGGAAGGCCUAAAGGUCACAAGCAAAUCCAUGUACCCUGUCUUCUUCACCUUCUUCGUUUCGUACCUUUUUGUUCUUGUAAUGAAUCUGGGCAUCAUAUGUUUAAUCAUCAUUGACAGGAGCCUUCACCAGCCAAUGUAUCUCCUGUUUUGCAACCUUGCAGUCAGUGACAUAAUGGGAACGACUGAUGUUGUGCCCAGGCUGCUUUCAGACAUCCUGCGUCCUCCAGCUCAACGCAUCAUCACGUAUCAGGAGUGUGUGGUUCAGUCUUUCUUUGUCCAAAUGUUUGGUACAACCUCCCACACUGUGCUGAUGAUCAUGGCCUUUGACAGAUACGUGGCCAUCUGUAACCCUCUGCGCUACGGUGCCAUCAUGACCAACAAGAUGCUGGUCAAGCUGACAGUUUCCCCCCCGGCAACUUCCACCGAGCAGCUUUUUGACUGCCUCGGUGACCUCAGCGCAGGAGAUGGGAGGAUCAGCUGCUAAGUCCUCAGCCUCAGCUCCCUCCGUGGAAGACGUGUCAGCGGGAUUG